UUUAGUUUUCACACCAUAACCCUUUUCUCCUCUUUUUCUCAACAUAUAUGCCCUCACACCCCAUACCUCUUAGUAGAAUAGAAGGGUGAUUCAAGAUUUUCUUCUCAAGAUUAUUCACCAUGCCUUCUUCUACUCUUCAAUGGUUAAGCCUUGUUGGCAUCAUUUGGCUCCAAGCCAUAAUUGGGACCAACACCAAUUUCCCUGCAUACUCUUCUCAGUUGAAAGAGCUUCUUUCCAUCUCCCAAGUGCAGCUCAAUAACCUUGCUUUUGCCUCUGAUGCAGGCAAACUUUUUGGCUGGUUUUCUGGCCUUGCUUCUAUUUACCUCCCCCUAUGGCUUGUCCUCUUGAUUGGUUCAACUCUAGGGUUGAUUGGUUAUGGUGUGCAAUAUCUCUUCAUAACCAACGUAAUCUCCUCUUUGUCCUAUUGGCAUGUCUUUUUGCUAACUUUUCUUGCUGGCAAUAGCAUUUGUUGGAUCAACACAGUGUGCUAUGUUGUCACCAUAAGGAACUUCCUAUCUGAUCGCCAAGCUGCAGUGGGAAUAACAACCAGUUAUCAAGGAUUAAGUGCAAAGAUUUAUGCCAACAUUGUUGAUGCUGUUGCGCCUCACAAGAAAGCUAGAACAUUCCUCUUCUUGAACUCUCUCUUACCUUUGAUAGUUGGCCUAAUAGCAGCUCCUCUUGUCAGAGAAAUUGAAUUCACAGGUCCUAAUUACAAGGGUGUUGGGUUUGCUGUGAUGUUCGCCAUAACCAUUUCAACCGGAAUAUAUGCUGUAUUUAGCAGUUUGCAAUUUGUCACAAACAAAGCAUCCUCACUUGGUAUCUUGAUUGGUAUUCUGGUAUCUCUUGUCUUGCCUCUACUAGUGCCACUUUUAGUGAAGAUCAAGGAGAUAGAGAACAAUAGAGAAAAAUUGAGAGUAUGUGAUUUUACUAUGGAGGACAAUACUAACGAAGCGGGGGAAGGGAAUGAGGUGAAAGAUGAAGAUGAUGUAGAAGUUCAAGAAUAUGUUGUUGGCAUUAUUGAAGAAGUUGGAGUCAAGUUGAUGUUGAGAAGAAUAAAUUUCUGGUUAUAUUUCUUGAUCUACUUUUUUGGUGCAACAGUUGGUUUAGUAUAUCUUAAUAACUUGGGACAAAUAGCUGAAUCCCGCGGUUGCUAUGGUACUUCAUCUUUGGUGUCUUUGUCUUCAUCAUUUGGAUUCUUUGGACGUCUCAUGCCAUCUCUUAUGUACUACUUCUACAGGGGGAAGUGUAAAGUUUCAAGACCUGCUUCCAUAUUGGCAGUGAUGGUUCCAACAUCUGGUGCAUUUUUCUUACUUCUCAACAAAUCUGACCUAGCACUAUACAUCAGUACUGCAGUGAUUGGAGUGUGCACUGGAGCAAUAACUUCCCUUGCUGUUUCCACAACCACUGAGCUAUUCGGUACUAAACAUUUCUCAGUGAACCAUAAUGUGGUGGUGGCCAACAUUCCCAUAGGGUCCUUUGUAUUUGGCUACACAGCUGCACUUUUUUACCGUAAGGAAGGGAAUGAGAAUGGGAAAUGCAUGGGCAUGGAAUGCUACAGAAACACUUUUAUUAUGUGGGGCUCUUUUUGUCUCCUUGGAACUCUUUUGGCUUUGAUUCUACAUGCUAGGACUCGUAAAUUGUACUCACAAAAUCAAUAGUAUACACAUUUUAUACUUUUAUGUAGCUGUACUUUUUUCUCUUUUAAUAUACACACAGGACUUUGUGACUUGUAAUCUCCUCUAAAUUUUGCACUAGUGUAAUAUUGUAAAUAGACUAUUUCAAAUUCAAUAAAUAUAAACAUACCUUUAUUUUUUUUCUUUA